GUUAAGGAGGGUAUUGUUCUUCUCCCACUAUAUUUUUUUCCUUUGUUAAGAAAAACUCUUCUUCUAUGAAUUCUUCUUGUGGGUUGCCUCUUUCUCUCGGUCGCUCUCUAGCUAUGUAGGUUUUAGAAUCCAAUUAAAUCUAGAAGUACUCCAAUGCUUUUCAUUUCUUUCUGUCCUUAUUAAGUUCGGUGGAGACCCAAUCGAUCUCCGUUUUCCAAUAUAACAGUUAGUUUUUUUUUUUUUUCUUACAAUUUUUGGGUAUGAUGCAAGACGCAAUUGGUAUACCUGCUUGCUUUUCAUCUGGGGAAAAGCCGACAGAUGAUCCGGCCUCCGCCGUGACCAGGGCAGGUCAGAGCGUCUUCUUGUCUGCAUACAGAACAAAGGUUGCCAGUGAGUGCCGUUUGAUCACUAUCACAUGGUGCAAGAAUCUGUUACUCCACGGCCUCUGCAUCUCCGUCGAAGGACCGGAGGGAGAUAAUCAAUACAACUGCAAAGUUGAGCUGAAGCCAUGGUAUUUCUGGAGGAAACAAGGUUCCAAGCGGUUCAUAGUGGAAGGCAAGGCGGUGGAUGUCUUCUGGGACCUUAAGGCCGCCAGAUUCAAUGGAGAGACUGAGCCACAGUCGGAUUACUACGUAGCCGUUGUCUGUGAAGAUGAGGUUGUAUUGCUUCUUGGUGAUCUAAAGAAAGAUGCCUAUAGAAAGACAGGGUGCCGACCAUCGCUGAUAGAGCCGAGCUUGGUGUCAAGGAAGGAGCACAUAUUUGGUAAAAGGAAAUUCUCCACAAGAGUUAAAUUCCAUGAGAAGGGCGAGUUUCACGAGAUCUCCAUAGAGUGCAACAACAGCAAUGGUGGCAGUAGCAGCACCAACAAGAACGAUUAUAUUGGUGGGUUCGAUCUAGAAUUGGUGAUAAGGAUAGAUGGAAGGCAAGCCAUCCAUGUCAGGCACCUUCAAUGGAAAUUCAGAGGUAAUGAGUCCAUCUUUGUUGAUAAAGAUAGAGUUGAAGUGUAUUGGGAUGUUCACGACUGGUUGUUCAGUCCUGGUCUGAGGCAUGCAUUAUUCAUAUUCAAAACAAUCUCGUCGUCAUCCACAUCUUCAUCGUCGGCGACGUCGACACCAUCGUCUCCGCCGUCGUCAUCACUGUCAUCAACUCCGUUGUCAUCUCAAACGGAGGCUUCUGGUUCAGUAGAGAGAUACAACACAGGUGGGUCAUCUGGGUUUUGCUUGUUUCUAUAUGCAUGGAAGGUCGAAUAAACUAAAGUGGAUACAGAUGGGUGGUGAUGACGACACAGCACCAUUGUAUGGACAGGGAAGGGUUGCAGAUGCCGAGGGAAGUGGGCCUUCUAUUAUGUUUCGUAGCCAUGGUGGAUGGUGGAUGGUGGAGAUGAACUUGUGAAGAUUGGGGUUGUGUGGGUGGUUGAGACAGGUUGCAGAGAGAGGGAGAGCAGAUCGGCAGCAGAGCUAAGGCUAGGGUGGUCAUCACGUGGGACGACGAGGUGGGCCCGAAACCCCAAACAGAGAGAUUGGAUUGUAAAUUAGUUAUUACAGCUAAGUUUGAAUAACUAGACACCAUUCAUCAUUGGGAAGGACAGAUCGAUCGGAGAGCCAAACAGAUGAUUCCUCCAUCUAGAGAGGCAUCUCCUUCCCAUCAUGCUCAUGCAUGCAUCCACCCUUGAACUCGCUUUCGUUGACCGACCAAUUUCUUUGUAUUUUUCUUCUGCUGGUUAUGUAAUCUGAAUUUAACGUAAACGAAA